UUGGCGAGAUCUGUUCUUUACUUUCUACUCCUACAAGGAGAGGCUGGAAGCUUUGAUCUUCUUUCUUCGGUUUGUGGGCGGGAGAGGAAGAUAGAAGGAAUAUAUAUAUUUUUUUGUCCUAGAGAUCUGGGCAAUCUUUAUCAACAGAUCGCAUUUGUGGAAUGAUUAGGAGAUGGGGAAGAAAAGCAACUGGUUUAUUGCAUUUAAGAAAGUUUUGAGCCCUGAAUCCAAGGAGAAGAAAGAUAAGAGAAGCAAUAAAUCAAAGAAAUGGUUUGGAAAACAAAAACAAGAGGAUCCCAUUGUUUCUUCCGUGGAAACUGGCCCUGCUCCACCUGCUCCUUCUACUCCUCCUCAUCCUCAGCCGCCUUCUGAGGAAUUAAAACUUACCGAAGCAGAGAAUGAACAGAACAAACACGCUUAUUCUGUUGCACUUGCCACUGCAGCUGCAGCUGAGGCUGCGGUUGCUGCUGCUCAGGCUGCAGCAGAGGUUGUUCGUCUCGCCACUGCUGCUCGGUUCUCCGGUAAAUCAAAGGAGGAAGUGGCUGCUAUUAAGAUUCAAACUGCAUUCCGAGGAUACUUGGCAAGGAGAGCUUUGCGGGCUUUGAGAGGGUUGGUUAGGUUAAAAUCGCUUAUUGAUGGGAAUUCUGUCAAACGCCAAGCCACAACUACCUUACGGUCAAUGCAGACCCUGGCUCGUGUGCAGUCUCAAAUUCGUGCAAGGAGGAUGAGGUUGUUAGAGGAGAACCAGGCUCUCCAGAGGCAGCUCCAACAAAAACGUGAGAGGGAACUAGCAAGAGCUGCUAUGUCUGAGGAAUGGGAUGACAGUGUGCAAUCGAAGGAACAAGUAGAAGCAAAUCUACUGAACAAACAAGACGCUGCCAUGAGAAGAGAAAGAGCUCUUGCUUAUGCAUUCACUCGCCAGAAAAUGUGGAAGAAUUCUUCACCAUCUGCAAACCCAACUUUCAUGGACCCUAACAAUCCUCAUUGGGGGUGGAGUUGGUUAGAGCGAUGGAUGGCAGCCCGUCCAUGGGAGAGUAGAAGCAUGACAGAGAAAGAAUUUAAUGACCAUUCCUCUGUAAAGAGUGUGAGCCAAAGUGUUGGAGGAGAAAUUACCAAAGCUUAUGCGCGCCGUGAACUCAAUGCGGAGAGGCCUUCCACAACAGCCCAAAAAGCCAGCCAGCCUCCCAGCCGCCAAUCUCCAUCAACUCCCCCCAUCAAAGCAGCAUCUUCAUUAUCAGCUGCUGGGAAAUUGAAGUCAGCAAGUCCAAGAGGGAAUAUGUGGAUCCGGGAUGAUGACUCAAGGAGCAUGUUGAGCAUGCAAUCAGAGCGGCCUCGCAGGCAUAGCGUUGCAGGUUCAUCGGUGAGGGAUGACGAGAGCCUGGCAAGUUCUCCAUCUGUUCCAAGCUACAUGGUACCCACUGAGUCUGCAAGAGCCAAAGCCCGGUUGCAUAGCCCACUGGGGAUAGAAGACAAUGGAACCCCAGACAGAGUAUCGGCAGGGUCCACAAAGAAGCGAUUGUCUUUCUCAGCUUCCCCAGCUGGGCCUAGGCGGCAUUCAGGCCCACCCAAGAUGGACAGUAGCUCCGUUAAGGGCACAGGUAAGAACGCAGAGCAUGUUGCAAGUAAUGGUGGGGUUAGGUAGCAUGUCACCUGAUCAAAAGGGAGCCGAAGACGUCCAAAUAAGAAAAGAGGAAGGAGAUGGGUUGUAGUCUGUCUUCUACUAUUUUCAGAGCUCUUAUUCAUUACUUUGUAGAGAUCGGUUUGGGUGAAUAAUCUCUUGGUAGCACCAAAAGAGGGAAAAAAGGAAUUUAGUCUCUUGGGUUCUGAUUUUUUCAGUUACCACUUUGUGAAGAUUGCAACAUUAUUUCUUUCUUCUAGUUUCUGAGCCUCCCCUGUGGUUGUUGGAUGCUUAUGAUAUCAGACAAGAUGAAGCCAAUUCAUUGUAUUGAGUGCGACUCCAAAUGAAUGAUUGUGAUUAUUCC